CACCCUCCAAGCAAAUCUCCACGAAACUUGAAUCUUAGAAAACGAUGGGGCUUUCCACCAUGUCUGGCUCAAUCUUCCUCUUGAUCAUCUUCUUCAUCCUCCCAAGAUGUCAUUGCUUGGAAUUGACAUUGGGCUGUGCCUCCAAGUCCGAGCUCCCGAGUGGCGAUGUCGAUCUCUUGGAGUUCCCUCUAAACUUGGAGUACUUGGAGGCAGAGUUCUUCCUGUAUGGUUCCUUGGGUUAUGGCCUCGACAAGGUAAGCCCGAACCUUACCAUGGGGGGCCCGCCCCCUGUCGGAGCCAAGAAGGCCAAGUUGGACUCUUUCACUAGGGAUGUCAUCUUGCAGUUUGCCCUCCAAGAAGUUGGCCACCUCAGGGCGAUUAAGAACACCGUGAAGGGGUUCCCAAGGCCACUACUUAACCUGAGUGCCGCAUCCUUUGCAACGAUAAUGGAUAGCGCAUUUGGGCGUCCUCUGAACCCUCCAUUCGACCCUUAUGCUAAUUCCCUGAACUACCUUCUUGCAUCCUACGUUAUUCCCUACGUGGGACUCACGGGUUACGUCGGGGCAAAUGCUAAGCUCCAGGCUGCUGAUUCUAAGAGACUGGUAGCAGGACUCCUGGGUGUGGAAUCGGGACAGGAUGCAGUUCUCCGAGGUCUGCUCUAUGAACGGGUAUCCAUGGAGGUGAAGCCUUAUGGGAUCUCCGUAGCAGAGUUCACGAAUAAAAUCUCGGAUCUGAGGAACAAGCUCGGGAAGAUGGGCUUGAAAGACGAAGGGCUUCUCGUCCCCUCUGUCCAAGGAGCAGAAGGAAAGAUCAGGGGAAACAUCCUUGCCGGAGACAGCUACUCCGUCUCGUUUGAGAGGACACCAGAAGAGAUUCUGCGGAUCGUGUAUGGAGGAGGCAGCGAGAGCUCACCAGGAGGGUUCUAUCCACAGGGCGCCAAAGGUCGAAUUGCUAUGUCCCACUUAUCAAACUAAGCUUAGGAAUAGGAAUGUAGAAUGUACUCGGGAAGCUCAGUUGUGUUUCAUGCUCACGAAUAAUAGUUUGGUUUUUCGGCUUUUUUUCCUGUCAAGAAGGUAAAAGGUUAUUGUCCUUCAAAUUUCGGACAGGAUGAAUGCUCAUGGAAAUUGCCAUUUUGGAGGAGUAGGUUUUAACCACCCUCUCCCAUA